GGAAAAGCCAUUUUGUUAUGCUAGCUAGCUGACUGGUGGAAGGCAGCUACCAACAACACGAGUCUGACAUGUCAACGCUAGCCAUGUCAACGCGUUGGAGCUCCCGCUUUCUGUCGCCCAACACAUUAACCGAGCCGGUUCUGACCCGCAUGUAGUCCGCGCUGACACGGACUCUGGCCUGCGAAGCUAAAAAAAAAAAAAAAAAGUGGCGAAUGGGACGGAAACUGCUCGCCGAAGUGUGCUGCAGCUUUAGAUAACACUCAGCUAGCUAGCGGUGUGUCUACUUCGCUGCCUGCGGUUUGUUUUUGUUUUUUAAACGCUCACCCGGUGUUAUGUUUGUCAAGCUUUUGCAACAUUGGUGCUUUAUAUAGACUCCACCGCUUGUCGCAGAAAGACAAUCUAGUCCAAGGAAGGGACCGACAACAGGACCGUCCCCGGCAGUAACUUAGCAAAAAAAAGAGACAACACAACGCGCACAUUUGGAAGCAUACAGCGGUAAGCCAAAGGGCUAAUCUGAUCAUGGCAGAGGACACCCGACAGGACAAGAGGGCCGGCGGCGGCUUCUCGGCUCUGACCGAGCACGGAACCAACGGGAUGGCCAGGACGUCCGGCAAAGCGGGCGCCUCAAAGAAGCUCGUGAUCAAAAACUUCAAAGACCGGCCAAAACUGGCAGAGAACUACACAGAGGACACCUGGCUGAAGCUUCGCGAUGCGGUGGGCGCCAUCCAGAACAGCACCUCCAUCCAGUACAACUUGGAGGAGCUCUACCAGGCGGUGGAGAACCUGUGCUCGUACAAAGUAUCUCCAACGCUGUACAAGCAGCUGCGUCAGGUCUGUGAAGACCACGUGCGGGCCCAGAUUCACCAGUUCAGAGAAGAGUCCAUGGACAACCUUUCCUUCCUGAAACGGAUGAACCGCUGCUGGCAGGACCACUGCAGGCAGACUAUAAUGAUCCGCAGCAUCUUCCUCUUCCUGGAUCGGACCUACGUGCUUCAGAACUCUCUGCUGCCCUCCAUCUGGGAUACCGGGCUGGAACUGUUCCGCACCCACAUCGUCAGCGACGGCGCCAUCCAGAAGCGAACGGUGGACGGCAUCUUGGAGCAGAUAGAACUGGAGCGGAACGGGGAGACUGUGGACCGCAGCCUGCUGCGGAGUCUGCUGGGCAUGCUGUCUGACCUGCAGGUUUACAAAGACUCCUUCGAGGAACGGUUUCUGACAGAAACGAACCGUCUCUACGCAGCCGAGGGGCAGCGGCUGAUGCAGGAGAGAGACGUGCCUGAAUUCCUGCACCACGUGGCUCGCCGUUUGGAGGAGGAGAACGACCGGAUCGCGAGCUACCUCGACCAGAGCACCCAGAAACCUCUAAUCUGCUGUGUCGAGAAACAACUUUUAGGAGAACACAUGAAUGCUAUGCUACAAAAAGGUCUGAGCAGUCUACUCAACGAGGGCCGAGUUACUGAGCUGGCCCUCCUCUACCAGCUCUUCAGUAAGGUGAAGGGCGGACUGCCCACGCUGCUGCAGUUUUGGAGAGACUAUAUCAAGUCGUUCGGCGGAGAGAUCGUUUGCACACCAGAGAAAGACAAGGACAUGGUCCAAGAUCUCCUGGACUUCAAGGACAAGAUGGACAAUGUGGUGCAGACGUGCUUUGCUCGCAAUGAGGCGUUCAUCAACGCCAUGAAGGAGGCCUUUGAAACCUUCAUCAACAAGAGGCCCAACAAGCCAGCCGAACUCAUCGCUAAAUAUGUGGACUCUAAGUUAAGAGCAGGAAACAAGGAGGCGACGGAGGAGGAGCUGGAGAGGAUCCUGGACAAGAUCAUGAUAAUCUUCCGCUUCAUUCACGGAAAAGACGUGUUCGAGGCUUUUUAUAAGAAGGACUUGGCCAAGCGUCUGCUGGUUGGUAAGAGCGCCUCGGUCGAUGCUGAAAAGUCCAUGCUCUCCAAACUCAAACAUGAAUGCGGUGCAGCCUUUACCAGCAAGCUUGAGGGCAUGUUUAAGGACAUGGAGCUGUCUAAAGACAUCAUGAUCCAGUAUAAACAGUACAUGCAGAACCAGAGUGAGCCGAGCCUCAUAGAGCUCACUGUGAACAUCCUCACCAUGGGCUACUGGCCUUCCUACACGCCUAUGGAGGUUCAUUUGCCACCAGAGAUGGUAAAACUCCAGGAAGUGUUCAAGCUGUUCUACCUGGGGAAGCACAGCGGGAGGAAGCUGCAGUGGCAGCCCACCCUGGGCCACGCUGUGCUAAAGGCCGAAUUUAAAGAGGGCAAGAAGGAGCUGCAGGUCUCCCUGUUCCAGACGCUGGUGCUGCUCAUGUUCAACGAGGGCGAGGAGUUCAGCAUGGAGGAGAUCCGUGCUGCCACAGGAAUAGAGGAGGAGGAGCUCCGGCGAACGCUGCAGUCGCUGGCCUGCGGGAAAGCGCGCGUCCUCAACAAGAACCCCCGAGGGAAAGACGUGGAGGACGGAGACCGCUUCAAUUUCAACGGCGACUUCAAGCACAAGCUGUUCCGCAUCAAGAUCAAUCAGAUUCAAAUGAAGGAAACGGUCGAGGAGCAGGUGAGCACCACAGAGCGCGUCUUCCAGGACCGACAGUACCAGAUCGACGCCGCCGUUGUGCGCAUCAUGAAGAUGAGGAAAACCCUGAGUCACAACCUGCUGGUCUGGGAGCUCUACAACCAGCUCAAGUUUCCUGUCAAGCCGGGGGACCUGAAGAAGCGGAUCGAGUCGCUGAUAGACAGAGACUACAUGGAGCGCGACAAGGAGAUCCCCUACCAGUAUCACUAUGUUGCCUGAGGGAGCGCCGCUGCAAGCCGCCGUGCUUUUUCUCACAGCUGGGCCCCACCGCACAGGACUGCAGCCACCCGACUCUCCUCCGGCGCCCAUCUCGUCCCCCGCCUUCACAACGCUGGACGCAACGUUCAGAAGACGCAGAGCUCCAGAGCGACUGGAGACUUGGCUGCGCCGUUUCCCCCGAUCUGCAAUAUCCUUAGUGGGACCCUGAGAGCGGGCUGCGUACGUCGGACCGGGUCGUUGACGGUUGGUUAGGACGGCGUACCGAAUCCGCUGAUGCAAGACUCAACCGAGAAUAACUAGCACUUUCCUUUGUUUUUGUUUUGGAGAUUGGGUUUUCCUUCUUACAUCACGUUAGAAAUCCCUCCUUGUAUUUUGCAGCUUGUUUGUCACAGGUUUUUGGAUCGUUUUCUUUUUCUUCUUCUUUUUGAGGUGUUCUCCCUUUAACCGGCUGCUGAUGCGACACCGAGCGUUGAGAACAGCGGCGGCCGUCGGGGCCGACACACAGGCAGGCCAGCCGUUUGUGUAUCUUUCUUUUCAGUAUCUUGUAUGUUUGACCAAAACGUCCAAUGUCACGUGCUGAUGUUUUUUUUUUUUUGUUUGUUUUUUUGUAGAUCGAACUGUGAGUGCAAAAAGUGAAUUUGAAUAAAUGAGUAUUUAAUGAU